AGGAACAAAAAAGAAAAAAGCAAAGCGAGGGGGUAACGGGGCUCCAUAGUUUUUGUUUUUUCUCCCACCGCCUCCUUUUUCUCUCUCUCUCCCCGGCUGAGAUGAGGCGGAAGGAGAAGCGGCUGCUGCAGGUCGCCGGGCUGCUCAUAGCGGCUCUGCUUUUCCUCCCCAACGUCGGGCUGUGGUCUCUCUACAGGGACAGAGUCUUCGACAACUCACCGGAGACUGCGGACGGUCCUGGAGGCAUCCCCCAGAUACAGGGGGUUAACCGGUUGGGGAAGGACGCUCAGGUGGGACCGGGCGGCGUGCGGAGGAAAGACUGGCACAACUAUGAAGCAAUCAAAAGAGACGCCUCUCGAUCCGGUAACGGUGAACAGGGGAAAGCGUUCCCGCUGACGGACGCUGACCGGGUCGACCAGGCCUACAGGGAGAACGGAUUCAACAUUUACGUCAGUGACCGGAUCUCCCUCAAUCGCUCCGUCCCGGACAUCCGCCAUCCGAACUGUAAACUGAAGCUGUAUGGAGAGAAGCUGCCCAACACCAGCGUCAUCAUCCCGUUCCAUAACGAGGGCUGGUCGUCGCUGCUGAGGACUGUUCACAGCGUGCUCAACCGCUCUCCUCCACAGCUCAUCGCCGAGAUCAUCCUGGUCGACGACUUCAGCGACAAAGAGCACCUAAAGGUGGCCCUCGAGGAGUACAUGGUGAGGUUGCCGAAGGUUCGAAUCCUGAGGACCAAGAAGAGGGAGGGGCUGAUCAGGACUCGCCUGCUGGGAGCCGGCGCCGCUAAAGGAGAAGUCAUCACCUUCCUGGACUCCCACUGCGAGGCCAACGUCAACUGGCUGCCUCCACUGCUGGACCGAAUCGCUAAAAACAGGAAGACCAUCGUCUGUCCGAUGAUCGACGUGAUCGACCAUGACAACUUUGGCUACGAGACGCAGGCGGGGGACGCCAUGCGAGGGGCGUUCGACUGGGAAAUGUACUACAAACGGAUACCCAUCCCUACAGAGCUGCAGAACAACGACCCCAGCGAACCCUUUGAGUCUCCAGUGAUGGCAGGUGGACUGUUUGCUGUGGACAGGAAGUGGUUCUGGGAGCUGGGAGGAUACGACACGGGUCUGGAGAUCUGGGGAGGAGAACAGUACGAGAUCUCCUUCAAGGUGUGGAUGUGUGGUGGUCGGAUGGAGGACAUCCCUUGCUCCAGGGUAGGACACAUCUACAGGAAAUAUGUCCCCUACAAAGUUCCUGGAGGGGUCAGCCUGGCCAGGAACCUGAAGCGCGUGGCGGAGGUGUGGAUGGACGAGUACGCCGAAUACAUCUACCAGCGUCGGCCCGAGUACCGACACCUGUCCGCGGGAGACAUGACGGCCCAGAAGGAGCUGAGGAACCGCCUCAACUGCCAGAACUUCAAGUGGUUCAUGAGCAAGGUGGCCUGGGAUCUGCCCAAACACUACCCAAUGGUGGAGCCUCCUGCUGCUGCGUGGGGAGAGGUUCGGAACGUGGGCAGCGGCAUGUGUAUGGAGAGUAAACACUUUGUGUCAGGGAGUCCCAUCCGCCUGGAGAGCUGUGUGAAGGGCCGGGCCGAGGUCAGCUGGAGCCAUGGACAGGUGUUCACGUUCGGAUGGAGAGAGGACAUCCGGGUGGGCGACCCCAUGCACACUAAAAAGGUCUGCUUCGACGCCGUCUCCCACAACAGCCCCGUCACCCUGUACGACUGCCACGGCAUGAAGGGGAACCAGCUGUGGCGCUACAGAAAGGAUAAGAGUCUGUUUCACUCCGUCAGCAACAGCUGCAUCGACUGCAGCCCCAGCGAGCGGCGGAUCUUCAUGAACACCUGCGACCCCUCCUCCCCCAGCCAGCAGUGGCUGUUUGAGAAAACCAACGCCACCGUGCUGGAACACUUCAACCGGGGCGCCAACUGAAGCCCCCGGCAGCUUCCAGAAAAAGAAAGAAAAAAAAAAACAGACUCCUGACGCACGCAGACGUGGAGCUGCUGCUGCUGUGAACUCUGGCUCCCCCUUUACCUGGCGCCGAGGUGACAGCUGUUUCUCUUUGGGGGUGCUA